GAAGAGAGAAGUGCUUUAUGCAAGAUGAGAGAACGGAAAAGUCUGAGCAGUUUUAGCAAUAUUUCUUGACACAUUACCGUCACCAUAAUGUCAAACGGAACAUCGUUACUGCGUCUGAUCCGUUUGAUUUAGAGAUGAAGUCACUCAAUACUUUCGUUUUAAUAAGUUUGUGCCUUUUGACAAUAAGCUCUGUGUUGGCAGAUUUGCGCUCAUUUUCCAUCGACUACAAGAACAACUGCUUCCGAAAGGAUGGAAAGCCAUUUCAGUACAUCUCUGGAAGCAUCCACUACUCGCGUAUCCCUCGGGAAUAUUGGCAGGACAGGCUGCUCAAGAUGUACAUGACUGGACUCAAUGCUAUUCAGGUGUAUGUGCCGUGGAACUUCCAUGAGACUGUCCAAGGUGUGUACAACUUUGCAGGAGACAGAGACCUUGAGUACUUCUUGAACUUGGCCAAUCAGACCGGGCUGUUAGUCAUCCUGCGACCAGGGCCGUACAUCUGCGCAGAAUGGGAAAUGGGUGGUUUGCCUGCCUGGUUGCUGCAAAAGCCCAAUAUUAUCCUGCGUUCGGCAGACAAAGAGUAUUUACAGGCAGCAAGCGACUGGUUGGCGGUGUUGCUUGCCAAGAUGAGACCGUGGCUGUAUCAGAAUGGAGGAAAUAUUAUCAGUGUGCAGGUGGAAAACGAAUAUGGCAGUUACUUCGCUUGUGAUUAUAACUACAUGCGGCACCUCCACACUCUGUUCCGCUUGUUUCUGGGAGAAGACGUCAUUCUCUUUACUACAGACGGAAACACGGAUAAAGAGAUGAGCUGCGGCACGCUUGAGGGCCUUUAUGCCACUAUAGACUUUGGCACAGACACAAAUAUCACUACAGCCUUCAUCCGACAAAGGAGAUUUGAGCCUAAAGGCCCACUAGUGAAUUCAGAGUUCUACACAGGCUGGUUGGAUCACUGGGGAGACAAACAUGCUUCUGUGGACACUAACAAAGUGAGCAAAAUGCUGGGAGAGAUGUUAUCCAUGGGCGCCAGUGUCAACAUGUACAUGUUUGAGGGAGGAACAAACUUCGGCUACUGGAAUGGAGCAGAUCAUGAUACCAGAUUUCGGUCUGUGGUCACCAGUUAUGAUUACAACGCACCUCUAACAGAGGCAGGAGACCCCACUGAUAAACUGCUAGCCAUCAGAGAUGUCAUUAAGAAUUUUCGAGAUAUUCCAGUUGGUCCAAUGCCACCAGCCACCCCAAAACUUGCAUAUGGCUUCGUUACACUUCACAAGGUUGGCAACAUUAGCAGCUUGCUGGAUACGCUAUCACCUCAAGGUCCAGUACGAUCUCAAUACCCCUUGACAUUUGAGGAGAUUAAACAAUACUAUGGCUUCCUGCUAUACCGAACGACUCUGCCGCGGAAUGUUCCCGAGCCGACCCCUCUCAUCUCGCCCCUCAAUGGCAUCCAUGAUCGCGCAUACGUCUCUGUGAAUGGGGUAUACCAGGGGCUGAUGGAGCGGGACACUGGACUGGUGAUGAACAUUACCGGGCGCCAGGGGGAUCAGUUGGACAUACUUGUCGAGAACAUGGGCAGGGUUAAUUUUGGCAGUUACAUCAAUGAUAACAAGGGUCUCUUGGGUAACUUGAUUUUGGGAAAUGAUGUGCUUUCCGAUUGGUCUGUCUACCCAUUGGAUAUCGACACUGCGGUAGCCAAUGGCUGGCUGCAGUCUGCUCAUUCUGGGCUGUUGACAGAAGCAGGAGAUGGACCAAUCUUUUACUCAGGAACCCUGAAGCCUACAGGCCGCGCAUGGGACACUUUUGUAAAACUUAAUGGAUGGACUAAGGGUCAGGUGUGGGUAAACGGGUUCAACUUGGGGCGGUAUUGGCCCAAGCGAGGCCCUCAACAGACACUGUAUGUGCCUGGACCUUUUCUCAGUGCCAAUCAGCUAAACAACAUCACAGUGCUGGAGCUGGAAAGAGCUCCACCACACUGCAGAAUCCUGUUCAUGGACCGACCUCAGCUGGACAACACAGGAAACAAGACAUGACAACUUCACGAAAAAAAAAAGAAAAAAAAAACAUUUGAACAGCUUCAACUUCUCUGCUCAAAUCAGUCAAGCCUUACAUAGAAAAACAGUGAUAACAAUAUUACUCCAAUCAGUUUGAUUUGAAUUUACAAAACAUUUAUUGCACAAAACGGUUAACUUGAGCUCUCGAUAGCACUGUGUUAGUGACACUGAGCUUAACCCUUGGGUUUCUUCAUUUUGUAGACUGAUUUCAGCCUCGGGUAAGUUAACUUUUCACUUUUGUUAGGAACAGUUUUUUACCUUUUAAAACCCUUCAAAGCAGGUUUUAUGACUGUUGAAUAUCGCUGAUAUUAAGCCCACAUUGUGGUACCAAUUAUGGGCAGUGUUAUGCAGAGCCAAUUACUUGUCUUGUAUUCACAUGCUUUGGACAGUCAGCAUUCUGGGAGGGGAAAAGUGAUGGGAAAAACGAAUCAACUUGAAAACAGUCAGCAGUAAAGAAGGACAUGAAAUGCUGCAUUCUUCAAGUUAAUAACGCUGACAGUGCGAAUAUUCUAAUACGGAUGUUAAACAAGGAAUGUAAUGUGUGAAAGUAUAUUAUGAUUAGUAAAACUCCAGAUUAGAAUAACCCAAGAUUAACGAUUUCAAAAGAAACAAAUCUGAGAAUUCAUGACUGUGCAUGAUAAUUUACACACUUCGAAUGGCGAUUUCAAUCUCAUAACUCUUUAUAAAGCUUUUUGUGAGG